CGGAGAAAGGUCGCGCAUCGAUUGAUUGCUCGCGAGCAGCCGCGAACAACAUACGAGAAAUCAAUGCUCGGCCACCGUCGCUUCCUUCGGGUCGCGAGGGCUCGAGGGGAAGAUGGCCCUUUUCUUUCAGCGCGUUAGCGUGCGUGCACGGCUAAACCGACGUUCGCGAGGGCGCAGGGAGGACGAGUUCAAAGGGUACACGACGGCACGGUGGCCCCGCGGCUGCUGCUGCUGGCUCACUCGCUUCUGCUCGCCAGGUUUUAGGGUCAAGUGCAUUCGGUGGUGAGCUGCCUCUCGCGCGCGCGCUCUUUCGCUCUCCGCCCUUCCUCUCGUUCGCUCGGCGCCAAAUUGCUGGCUCUCUUCCUUUUCGUUUGGUCGCUCGCGACUUUUUCCGGCGCUCGGCGCCCGCCCCGCACGCGGAUACAUCGCGCAAACGCCGCGCGCUGCAGCGAAAACAAAGCGAGACGAAACUAAAGGAGAAAAUCCAUAGGCUCCGGCUCGCAAAAUUUAAAUCCGAGCCCCACUCGAGCGAGAGAGAAUCUUGUAUAUGCAUGCGAGCGCAAAUAUCUCUUGCACACACAUCGCAUGCUCGGCGAAAGUUUAGCACGUGUACGUGUGUGCGCGCGCGUCCCCUUUGCUGGAUGUGUGUAUAGUCGGGAGGGGCGGCGCUCGGCUUUGCUAGUAUUGAUCGGGGGUCCAUGUGUCGCUCUCAGCCCGAGCGAAGUAUAGAGCUCGGGGUUGUGCACGUACGAGAGAGAGAGAGAGAGAGAGAGAGAGAACGGGGUUCGUGUACCUCGUCCGCGCGCGCGUAUAUCACUGCGCAAUCGAUCGGCGCCAUAACCGAAACAUACGUUCCGGCCGGUCUUGGAAAAACUCGCUCUCGCGCUCGUCUGGAGCGUUCCCGCCGCAGUCACAGUAGGCAGGAAAGGUCUGCGCGCCUCCGGACAACUUGGCGGCGGGCGAGCGCCGCGCCGCGCGACGCGUCCACGUGUUCGUCAAGGUUGGUGUGGGCGAGCGCGCGGCCCCCGUGCCUCUAUCGCCGCGUGCACGUCGCCGGCACGGCGAUCGAUAGACGCGCGCUCGCGGGCCAACCGAAGAAAAUACUCGGGUAAUCGGAAGCGGAGAGGCUCGCAGCGAUCGCCGCGCGCCGCCCGACGGCCAGCUUUAAAGGGCUCUCCCGGUCGCUCGUCUUCGCUCUCCCGCGCGGGCGCGCCCGGGCAAGGGGAUGCGCCCGCCGGUCGUGUCCUUUCCGGUUUUCCUCAUCGAGCGCAACCUAGUCUCGGGGAUGUCGGCGCGAAGCGACACUCGAGCAAACGAAUCGCGCGGCGUUCACGAUGACAUGCUGCGCUCGAAACUUUUGCCCGCGCGGAUCGCCGGGAAAGGGAGCCCGAGCCCGGAAGCGGCCGAGGAGGGAUGCAGGACGGACCGAGCCGCGCGAGCGUACUUCGUCGGCGAUCGCUCGGCCGGCCUCCGUCGGGGCAGAGGAGGGCGAGUGGCCGCCGAGCGUCCGGCCCGCGGCGCGAACGCCGGCCGACGCCGAGGACGCGGAGUAGACGCGCGCGAGCGCGCAGAGUUGUGGCGACGCGCCGGUCGGUGGCGCGCGGCGUGUGUAACCCCAGGCAGAGCCAGCCGCCAGCCCCGGUCGCGCGCGCGCCAGCCGCUCAGUCCGAGCUCGGCCGCCUCUCGCGCAGCAGCAGCAGCAGCAGCAGCAGCAGCAGCAGCAGCAGCGGCAGCAGCACAGCAGCAGCAGCAGCAGCACCAGCAGCAGCAGCAGCAGCAGCAGUCAAGCCGCAUUCGCGCAGCGGGGAGAGCCGAGCGAGGUGCGAGCGCACGAGCAGAGCACGAGCAGAGGAGUCGUCGGGGCAGGCGCCGAGCAAGGAGGAGGCCAGCAGACGGACCGAGCGGGGCCAGCGAGCGGCCGUCGUCUUUUUCGCUUGCGUUCAUUGUGCAAUGAUGGCGAACGGAAUGGAUACAGCGAUCCAGCAGAACGGCGGCUCGAACCUGGGUCAGAGCUCGCAGGAGGAGUCCAAGACCAACCUCAUAGUCAACUACCUGCCGCAGACGAUGACCCAGGAGGAGAUACGCUCGCUCUUCUCCAGCAUCGGCGAGGUCGAGAGCUGCAAGCUCAUCCGCGACAAGCUCACCGGUCUGAACGGUCAGAGCUUGGGCUAUGGCUUCGUCAACUAUCAUCGGCCCGAAGACGCCGAGAAGGCCAUCAACACGCUCAAUGGUCUACGCUUGCAAAAUAAAACGAUCAAGGUAUCGUACGCGAGACCGAGCAGCGAGGCGAUAAAGGGCGCCAACCUCUACGUCAGCGGACUGCCCAAGAACAUGACGCAGCAGGAUCUUGAGAACCUCUUCAGUCCUUACGGCCGGAUCAUUACGUCUCGCAUACUCUGCGACAACAUUACCGUACGACAAUUUGUGACUGGCGGCGGGGACAAUUUGCCGGGUCUGUCGAAGGGUGUCGGCUUCAUAAGAUUCGACCAGCGCGUCGAGGCGGAACGCGCGAUCCAGGAGCUCAACGGCACGAUACCAAAGGGCUCGACCGAGCCGAUAACCGUCAAGUUCGCCAAUAAUCCAAGCAACAACAACAAGGCGAUACCACCGCUGGCCGCUUAUCUGACACCACAGGCGACGCGCCGCUUCGGCGGCCCAAUCCACCAUCCUACCGGCCGCUUCAGGUACAUUCCACUGUCGCCACUAUCCAGCACUGGCAAAGCAAUUCUUGCCAUUAACAAAGGCUUACAGAGUAACGAGCACCGUUUCAGGUACAGUCCUCUGGCGGGAGACCUGCUGGCGAACUCGAUGCUGCCGGGCAACGCGAUGAACGGCUCCGGCUGGUGCAUCUUCGUCUACAACCUGGCGCCGGAGACGGAGGAGAACGUGCUGUGGCAGCUGUUCGGCCCGUUCGGCGCGGUCCAGUCGGUCAAGGUCAUCCGCGACCUGCAGACCAACAAGUGCAAGGGCUUCGGCUUCGUCACGAUGACGAACUACGAGGAGGCGGUGGUGGCCAUCCAGAGCCUGAACGGCUACACCCUGGGGAACCGCGUGCUCCAGGUGAGCUUCAAGACGAACAAGAGCAAGGCCGCGUAGGACGUAGAGUUGCCAGUAGCAGCGGCGGCAGUGGUGGCGGCGGCGGUGGCGGCCAGCCAGGACGAGUCCGGCGGCCUCGUGGCGGUGCAGCAGCUGCUCGCCGCCUCCUCCAAGCGCGCCGGCGGCGGGCCCGGGGCGGGCGGCGGCGGCGCAGGCCCCGCGGCCCCCGGGGCGCCCGCCGCGGGCGCGGCCCCCGGCGGCGCCGCCGCCGCCGCGCUGCUGCUCAAGCAGCAGCAGCUCGGCCGACAGUUCCUGGGCCAGCGCGGGCCCGCCGCCGCGGCCGUGGGCCACCCCUGGCUCGGCGGCCCCGCGGCGAGCGCGCUGCCGCGCUGGCUGCUGCCCGCGCUCCAGGCCGGCCCGCAGCGCCAGCCCGGCAAGGGCCCGGCGCAGCCGCGCCACCAGCAGCAGCAGCCGGCCCGGGCCGCCGCCAAGGACGCCGCCAAGUCGGCGGCCCAGCAGUCGCCGCCGCAGCAGCAGCAGCAGCAGCAGCAGCAGCAGCAGCAGCCGCCCGCGCCGCCCAAGAAGAUCAGCGACAAGGCGUAGACGGCGGCGCGCUUCAUCUAUCAGUAUUCUUCAGCGAGGCACGAGGGCCCGGCGGCCAUCACAGACUACCUACCUACCGAUCACAUACUCAACAAUCACGAGAAUGCAAUGUCUUGUACAGAGUCGACGGCGAACGCGUACACACGGCAGUGCGGCUGCUCAUACAUACCAAAAAAAUACAGCAACAAACAGUUCAUACAAUGAUAUCACGUGUGCAGCAUUUGUAUGUGCGUGCGUGUGUGUGUGUGUGUAAGAGAUUUGCGUGAGUGGCGGCGCGAGGCAGGGCUCGCACAAAGUCGAUUCUAGCUUAGGGAUUAUUAUUAUAAAAAAAAUUGUGAGGGAGCGAAAGCACAGCUUCCGCGAUAUAUAAUCGUGCACCCGUGCGCGCGCGUCACAUAACAGAAAUUAUUAUUAGCGGCGCAGCGUGCGGCGAACGGAUUAUGAGAAUGAAAUAACGAACAAAAAUGAAAAUUAAUGAUACUAUUAUAUAGAAAACAAAGCGAAAUGCAAAUAUAUAUAGAUAUACAUUUAUAUAUAUUAUUAAAAGCGAGAGAGAGAAAGAGAGAAAGAGAGAGAGAGAGAGAGAGAGAGAGAGAGAGAGAGAGAGAGAGAGAGAGAGAGAGAGAAACGUAACGCGAAGGACGGGGAAGGACGAAGCACGUAUCCUACUUUUGCUGAUGUACAAGAGAAAAAAAAACACUAGUCCAAGUAGGUUUUAAAAAAAAUAAAGUGUUCGAUCGCCCGUGAUUAAAAAAGAGUGACGAUGCGUGUGCUUAAUAACAUAACAUUUUUUUUUGUUUUAACUUUUUUAAAAUAAUGAAAUACUCGAUGAGAGUAGUUUUUUAAUAAUAACCCCGCGACUAUAUAUUUGUGUUUUUUUCCUCGCCGUGUAUUUAACAAAAACAAACAUAGUAAAAUGUAUUGAUAUAUUGAUGAUGAAAUGAAGCCAUUCCGAGGAUCGACUCGCCCUCUCUGUCGUGAUGUGUAGUGAUUAUGAUGCGAGAUGACAAUAUGUAAGUCGUAUAUUAAUUUUUACGACGUGCGAAUUCAUCAAACUAUUACUAUUAUCUCUUAUUUGUAUGUACCUUUUUGUGUCUAGUCCAGGAUUUGCGAGCGAGAAGAGAGCCACGACUGCCGGUACCAUUGAUCGAAUUCUUUUUUUUAUAGACGAAUUUUAUGAUUGAGCGACGAUAAAUGAACGCGCCAAAAACUAAAUCAAUUGACUACUAUAAGGAAAUAACUGAUUUGUCGACAGCGCUCUUCUCCUCGCGACUAUUCCGUUUUAUUCAUUUAACGUAAUCAUAGACGUGUAGUGAGUUACGCAAAGUUACAUGUAUUAUUGAAUAGAAAUGACGAAAGAAAAACGAGAGAGAGAGAGAGAGAGAGAGAGAGAGAGAGAGAGAGAACGAAAAUCAAUCGAAAACUAAGUUCAACGCGUCGGUGUCGCCGUUUCAUGGAAUCAUGAGAGGAAAAAAUCCUUGAUAUCAUUUGCGUGCGAAACAUUCAUGCGUGUGGGCUUACAGCGACUCUUCGGAGUCUACAUGAUAAAUUCCACUCCUCUUAUCACAUAAUCUCAUUAUAAUUCUAUAUUAUUAUUAUUAUUGUUCUGUAUAUUAGUUACUUAUCUUAUUAUUAUUCUUAUCAUUAUGAUUUAUCUUAUUCUUAUUAUGAUUAUUAUUAUUAUUUUUAAUAUAAUUUUUUGUGAUCGUGUCUUUAGUGGUGUAGCUUUUUGUAGUGAGUACAAAACACUGACUAACAAUCAUUGAUGAGUGAAGAACGAGCGACUAGUAUAGAAAAAAAACAAUCAUUGGUAAACGAAAGAAAUAUCUAUCUGCGCGCAUUAACAAACGAAAAAUAAAAACUUGAUCACUGUAGUUGCCAUUGUUGACUAACCGCUUCUUUCGACCACUCCGACUAUUAUACAUAUAUAUUGCCACACACAUAUAUACAUAUAUGUGUGUGUGUGUGUGACGAUAUUGAUUGAUUGACGUGUAACGUUUGAAAUGAACAAACAAAAAAUUACAAUCGUUUCUUUUUAGCUUUGUCUUACGUAGCUAUGAUAUACUUGUCGAGAGAAUGAGUAAAGUCGAAGCGAGUGAGAGACCACAGUUCGCAGGAGUACUUAAACAAAAAAAACCCAAAUAAACAAAAAAUCUCUUAAUAACUACAGCUACACUAUGCUAAUUAAUACUAACUAUGCUAACUACUACUAUUUACUACUACUACUACUACUGCAAUUAUUUAUUUAUUUAUUUAAUUAUUAUAUAACAUAACAAGAAUUAUGUUUUAUUUAAGGAUUAAACUGAUUUGUGUUUAGUUCGAAUGACGUUUGUUUUAUUUCUUGAUUAAUUUUGUUUGUUUCCUUUCAUCAUCACCAUCCAUCAUAUAUACUCCACAAAACAUCCUCCCUUCAAUCUCUCUGUAUCUGUAUACUUAUAUAUCUCUGUCUUCGAUAACGAGUGAACGAUUGUGAAAGACAAAAGCAAUUAACAAUAUCCGUUAGAAUAAUUCGAAAGGGGAAAAAGUAGUGAGAACCAAGGGCGUUGGUUAAAGCUUUCUACUUCUAUGAGAUAUUGUUAGAAGGCGAGAGAGAGAAGGAGAAUGUGUAUACACGAUCAGCUAAAAAGAAAAGGGGGAGGGUGUGUGUGCGUGUGUGUAUACUAUAUACGCGACGUGCACGUGAUUAGGAGCACAUAGAAAGUCGUCGAUUGAUCGGUAGGCCAUAACUUCACGUCGAAGAACGCGUCCCUAAUCGGGUUUCCAUGCAUACAACGAAAGCCUACUUUUGCUGAGAAACCGAGAAAAACAAACUAAGAGUCGUCUGAAUGUGUACGUGUGCGUGCAUGUGCGUGUGAGUGAUGAGAGAGUGUUUAUGUAUGUGUGUAAGAGAGAAACGCGGGCCAGAAUGUGUAUAAAAAUGUUCGAUCAACUCCGUCCUUCCCACGUUUGCGACACACGACACAUGUGAUGAUAUAGCGAUUGUGAUGACGAUGACGAGAGAGAAAGAGAGAGAGAGAGAGAGAGAGAGAGAGAGAGAAAGUGGUGUAUAAAAAAAACCAAAUUUUGAGUUUUCCGAGUUAUACGAAAACGCACAUUUACCCAGGCGUUUGUUCGCCUUCAGAGCGAACGACAAGAGAGAAGCAGAACAUUAAUAUUGUAUAUGUACAAGUGUAUGGACAAGAGUGAGACAAAUAAGAGAGAAAUGUAAUAGGAAGCAUUAUAUAUAAUUGAUAUUAUAUAUCGAGAAAAAAUUAUUAAAUAACGCACAAGACGCGUUGUCGAUAAAUCCUCCGUCUCGACAAGUCGAAAUCGUGUGAGUCCUGGCACUGCGUCGACAAACGAUGUUAUAUUAAAAUGUGUGCGAGAGGUAUAGAAAGAAUGCAAGCUUCACUCAUCUUUUCUUUUUCUUUUUCUUCUUUUUCAAGCCAAGACGACGAUAAAGAGAGCAAACGACAAUGAAAAUAACACGUGUGUGCGCGCGCUCUGUUUUAGAUGAAAAAAAUACAAUUAAUAGUGAACGUGUGUACGCCUAGAUAUAAAACGUUGUGGGACGAACGAUCCUUGUGCCAGCGUCGAUAGGCAAAAUUUAAUUGAAAAACGAUAGAGAAGGAAAAUAAAUAAAAGAAAAAAAACUAAAGUAAUGUUGUCGCCGGUGCAUACGACGCUAAAUAUACGUGAUGAGAGGGGCAAAGGCGUUUUUCUUUAAUAAAAAAAAACCGAGUGUAUAGCGCGUAGGUCGGACGAGAAAGCUUCGUGAACCAGGCGAUUCGCAACAUCGAUAAAUCGGUGUGCGUUAGGAAAAAAAAAACAAUAUUAAAAAAAAAAGUAACGUGAAAAACCUCGAAGACGAGCGCAGGUUUUUCUGCUCAUGGCGCUGUGAAUGCGAGCGAGAGAGGCUUGAGCGUAGCAGACUGAAAAGGGAGGGUUUUCCUUUUUUUCUUUUUUUAAUUCGAGGAAAAAAACGGAGACGGAUGACACUUUUGCGGGGAAGCGAUGUGAGAAAAUGGAAUUUACUUAAAAUACGAUCGACAAAGGAAACUCAAUAUAUUACGUUUAGAUGUAUAAUUUAUGUGUAAUACUCAUUGCAGUAAGGAUGACCGAUUAUUUGGUCGUGAGCUCUUGAAUUACCUUUUACUAACGCUAAUCACUUAUUUUAGAUCUAUAUCGUUUCAUCUCGAGGAAGAAAAAAAUGAACAAACAAACAUCUCUCGUUUUUUGUCUAUUGCAUUUUAUCUCUCUGUCAUAGUAUUUGUCUUAGCUAUUUUCAACGUCUAUAUUUAUUCGUGCGUCAUUAUUAUCAAGCUAAUUAGUUAAUGAUUAUAUUACAUUAUAUUACAUUAUAUUACAUUACAUUAUAUUAUAUUACCUUAAAUUAUAUUACUAAUUACGGAUUAUUAUGAUAAUUAGUAGUCGCAGAGUAAAAAAAACUCGGAUAAAUGAACGAAGUUGUCCAUUUGCACAAGUAUUAUCGCAGGAUAAUUUUAACCAAUAAUACUCGUCGAGAUAUGAGAUUCGAUAUUAUUACCGAAUAUGCAUGAUCAUUCGUUGUGAUUGUUUCACUCAAAAACAGAACGCAAGCAAACUGAUUAAUAAAAGAUAACUUACUUGCUAAGAAUAAUAUGAUGCAAGACUUUGUCGUCAAUUUGUCCGGACUCUGUGGUCGUCUCUUCAUCAAUAUUUAUUAUCAUUCUAAUUGUUGUUAGGAUUAUUUUACGUAUCGCGUAUAAUUGAUAUAGUCGCUAAACAAAAGGUAUAAAAGUAGCAUGCAAGAAAUGGAUAAAAAAAGGUCAGAGGGUUGGGUUGAUUCGUAUCGAGACGAUGUGGGGUGAACAAUGGAUUUUGAAGGGGGAAAAAAAGAAAAAAAAAAAGAAAAAAAAACUGGUCAAUGAGCGUCGUCGACGAUUCGCGUGAUUCGAGUAUCCUUCUUUCAGUGAACUGAAAGCUCGAGGUGUCGCGGCGCUCGAACACGCGCAAUGAAGUACACAGUGGUGCUGUUGAUUAAACAAAAAAGAAAUAUAUUAAUCGAAUAAGCGAGAGUGAGCAGGUCAGGGAGGGAGUGCAUGGGAGUAAAUCAAUUCUUUUUUCCACGAGACAAUGAAUCGGGCAAGUAAAAAAGCGGAACUUUUACAAGAAAGCGCGAGGGGACUUUUCGGGAAGCGGGAGCCAAAAGAGGGAAAGAAAUAAAAGACAAAAGUGAAUAAAUAAUAAUAACGGUGGUCGAUUCGAAAGCAAAAAAUAAAGUAAAAAAAAAAAUUAUAGGCGUGACAUAGCAGCUCUAGCUCAGCGUAGGCCUAAAUAAAUGAAGUAUUUAUGUACUAUCUAUUUAUUAAUCGAAUCGUCUCGCGACAAAAGACGGCAAUUCGGCGAGCGACUGUGCGAUGCGCGAGUGCGUGUGCGAUGUAACGAAAAAUAUUAAGGGAAUAACUGAGCGAGUGCGAGUGAAUUAAACGAAAAUUAAAGGAGGAAAAAAAAUUAAGGAGAUUAGGGCGCGGAAGGAGGGUGGGGGGGAGCGUAGGAAAAAAAAAAACAAAACAAACAAUUAUAAUCGAGAGACUCGACGAGACGAGCCACAACGAUCAACCGCAAAAAUCGAGAAGUAUAAGCAAGCAAAUAGAUAAUCUCCGACUAAGUAGAACAGGACCGUCUACAGUCAGACCGUUGGAGGGCGAGGGAAGGCUCAGCGAAGCAAUCGUAGAGCGCAGAGGGAGUUGGCAUGAAACGAGACGAAAGAGAGAAAACACGAGAGAGAUAAUCUAUAAUCUUCUGUACAUGUUUUAAUUAUAUUCUACUGAUUACUUAUUAUAACUUAUAAUAACGCGCUAUGGAUUAAUCAUUGAAUUUAACUUAAUUAAAUUGAUAUCUAUGAAAAAAAAAGUAUACCUAAACGAGCAAAAAACAUGGUAGCUAGUCUGUCAAUGGGUGUAUAAAUAUUUAAUUACAAUAUUCGUAGACGAUACAAAAUGAAAGAAGAGAGAGACUUUAUACGAUGAUGAAUAAAAGAGGAAAAAAACGCAAAAAAAAAAAAAUAACGCGAGGCGAUGGUGAAAAAAAAAAUCGAGGGAGAUGUACGGGAAGACGAUGAAGAUGACGACAAUGACACAACACACGCACACAAGACACAAAGGUAGCGAAUGUGAAUGAAUGCUAGACGAGCGAGAGAGUAAGAGAGAAUUUUAAACUGAUAAAAUUACGCUUAGGUCGGGAUUUGAGUGUGACGAGGCUUUCGACUUUUUUCCGGAGCAAAAGCCGUUCCUAAACCCACGGAGAACGAAGGCGAGAGAGAUUUAUAAGAGAGAUAAAAAAGAAAGCAAAUUAAAUAUAUCACAAACAGCUGCAGGAUUUUAAUUAAAAACACAAAGAUGUAUCUAAUUACUGUUGAGAAUAGCCGAUUUCAUUAAAAGAGAAAAGAUAAAAAAUAAAAAAAUAAUAAUAAUAAAAAAAUAAAAUAAAAAUAGCGAAAUGAAAGAUGAAAGAAGAAAAAAAUAUAGCAUUACCGGGGACGCGAUCACUUUCGCUCCAGAGAAAACCUUGUAAGCGCGAGAGAAGCACAAAAUGUUUUUAUAUUCUCCUACGGUGAGAAAUAUAAAUAAGAAAAAUAAAUAAAUGAAUAAGAGAAAUAAAGGAAACACACAUUCCAACUACGGCUGAAUGAUAAAACGAGCCAUAGCGCAGACUUCGAGACUUCCUAGCACUUUGACACAUUCCGAAUAAACUUUACACGCACACACACACACACUUACACGCAACGGACAGAGGAACGAAACAGUCGAGCUUGCGCGCUGUGAUUGCUCAAAACAAAACGUUCGGAUCUCAAUUGUGAUAAACAUCGAAGCCAUUGCCAAUCGACAACCCGUUCUUUCAUUUUGUUUUUUGCUAACAAACGCGAAAUUUACCAGUCAUGACAACAGCGACAAACGAAUUGAGCAACUCACGAACAUAAAUUUGUAAAUAAUACGUAUAUACUGCCGAGCGAUUUCGAAGGGACCGAGAGGUGGGGUGGAGCUAGCUGAGCGCAAGCACUAAUAAAAAUACAAAAACCAGACAGACAUACACACACAUACACGCGCGCGCACAUAAGGCAAUUCGAUAAUUAAAAAUAAUUACGUAUAGUCGAUUCGUUCCUCGAUCUUCACGCACACGCACACGCGCGCACACACACACACACACACACAUACGUACACAAAGCUCGCGCGACGAUUUAUCAAAGGAGCCUAUCCGUAGUUUUAUCGCCCGGUGAUACCUUGGAGUAUUAUAAUAGGUCGGAUCCCACGAAGGAAACCUCGCGAACGACGCGCGUUUAGGUGGCAGAAGCUAACAAAAUCCAAAACAAAUGAUUCCUCCUAGAGCGAUGUACUUAGGGGGUCUUAGGGGGUUUUAGCGAGAUAAAGGCUUUAAAAAGACAUUCCACGGCGACUCUUAGGCUUUUAAAUGGAAAAUCGGAGAUGUAAUUAAUCACACGAUUUACACAUACUUAGGCGCGCGGUAAUUAGGGAGAAACUGCGGGAGAGAAAGAGAGAGAGAGAGAGACAUGUAUUUUGCGACGGGUUUUAAAAAAAAAAAUGCGUACAAUUUAAGGAAGCACACUUCUCGAAUGGCGAACGACGAGGCUCGAGUUCCGCACAUCAUGAGCUUCCACGAUUGUAUUUCCAUGAGCUUCGACAUUCAAUAUUGUUCGAACGCACACACGAGAGCGAGUCGUUCGCCGUUCGUUCGAUAAUAAGGCAAAACAUACACACACGUACACUUUCACCGCGGCUCCGUUGCACGCGAGUCGAGGCUUCCACACGCGUACACACACACACGUACAGGCACACAAGCACACACACGCAUGACAGACGUAGGCGCGCGGAUGUGAUGACGAUCCAUUACAUUUGUCGAAUGGCUGUGCACUGGGGAAAACUUGUCAAAUCGAAUUGAAAUCGAGAUAAUUCGACGAAAACACGUAGAGUUCGCGGUGAAUCUUUUUUAUGGACGCGAACAUACCAUAAAGUAAAGAAAAUAAAAUAAAAGUAAAGUAAAUCAAAGACGCCGGACGAUUUUUGCUCGUUCGGUGCAUAUUUGCUAACGAAAUAAGAGAGAGAGAACGAGAGAGAGUGAGAGAGAGAGAAAGAGAGAGCGAGAACGAGCGAGCGAGCGAUAAAAAAAAUGUUACCUAUGCGAUUAAUGUAGUUAACGAGAGAGAAAGGUGACGAUGGUGAUUGAAUAAUAAAUAAAAUAAAAAAAUUGUUGACGCCGCAGCCUAUUUGAAUAGUAGAGCAGGUGAAUUCGCGCGACUAUCAUUUUUCGACGACAAAUUCAAUGAAUUGUAAUCUCUUGAUUUUUCUAUCAGUGUAUUGGCAUUUCCGGAGAACAGCAUGAGAGCUGAGAAUGGGACAGACGGGCAAGGCGGACGAAGGCGUGCACUGUAUAGACCACACAAUCAAUUGCAUUCGGUUCGAUUUGAAAAAUUUUUGUUUCAGUGUGUAAACGCAAAGAGACAUGGAGACUAUGGGUGGGGUCCAAUCAAAGAAGACUCUUGUAGGGAAUAAUGAACCAACAAAUAAGAAACAAACCAAUGUAACUAAUCGAGAAUUGAGAGCGCGAGUGAGAGAGAGAGAGAGAGAAAGAGAGAGAGAGAGAGAGAGAGAGAGAGAGCGAGAGAGAGAAAGAGAGAGAGAGAGAGCAAGUGUUGUCAGAAGAGCGAGAGGAUGCAAGUAAACCUACGACACAAUCUACAAUUACAUGAAUACAUGAAAAUAAAAAAAAAACAACAACAAAGAACAACCCGCCAUGUCACAUUGUUGAUAUAAAUUGCAAUCCACGAUUAUUACUAUUUACGAUAUAAUUAUUAUCUUGCAUUGUCUAGUCAUAUGUUAUUAUUGUAUAACUAAUGAUAUUAAUUAUUAAUUAACCUGUACUACCUAGUCGCAUUAUGUGUUGCAUAAAGAAAAAAAACUAUGGAAAAAAAAAUUCUGAAAAAACGCAAAAAAUCUGAAAUCUGAGUGCGUGCGAGACAGAGAGACUGCGAAUAAGAGCAAGUAUGCGCGCGAGGCUGAUGAUGAGUGCGGCGCGUGUGCGACGAAUUAAAAAACAAAAAAAAAGUAAGCGAAAAAAAAAAAAUUAAUAAUGACAACAGGGAGGAGGGGGGUGGGCUAAGGAAAAAGACUAGCGAGAGCGAAGUGAACGAUGCGUGCGAGGGUAGUUCGUUUCAAAGCAAGACAAACAAAACCAAAGAAAAACCACUGCGCCAACGAUUGUUAGCGCGUGCGAUUGUGUGUGUGUGUGUGUAUGUGUGUGUGUGUAUGUGUGCGUGCGUGCGCGCACGAGAGAGCGAGAGAAUUAGGUAUACCAAAAAAAAUUACGGGGCCGUGGAGAGGAGGGAAUCUUCCUUAAUGUCGCGCACUUCCGAGUGCGCGCGCUAGCGAAUCCAGCGUUUGCGUUCGUUUUCUUUGCGUAAAACAGAUGUACAAGAAUUCGCGGGAGCAUGCCGAACGAUAAGAUAGAUAGAAAGAAAGAGAGAGAGAGAGAGAGAGAACAUAAACCCUAGUUACGAAGAACAAACUGACACACGCACACAGUGACACACGCUUGAUGAAAACAACGUGUUUGUCUCUCUGGCCACCGAUUAUAUUAUACGAUAAAGAUAUGAGAAACCAACAAAUGAUGUCUCGGACGUAUUCGUCAAUCACGCAUAGCCCUUUUCCUCCCUCCCUCCCUCCCACCCGAGGAGAGCUUGCGGGCCCUAUAUUGCAAUAUUUGUACUUUUCCAUGUUGAAACCUCGAUAUACAAUAAAUUAUAUUAACAAACUUUACACAGCAGCUGUCUUUUUCUCA